CACAAAUUCAACUCCAUAACUCUGCUAUUGCUUUUACAUGUAAUUAAUUGACUAAAAAGCAGAAGCGAGUAGAGAAAUGGCGAAUCGAAGACAGUUAUUAUUUCGUAAAAUAUUCAAAGAAUGCUCAAACAUAUACAAAUGAAAACAAUAAUUACCCAAGUACAUCAGGAAUGUAUGUAAAUAAAGCAAAGCAAAAAAAAUAAUAAUUUACUAAGACGAAAUGAAUUUAGUCCGGAAUGUAGUGAAACGAGUUGCUCAAUAGGAUCGCACAAAGCAACUUACAGUGUACAUAUGUAAGUAUGCAAUAUGAAUAUGUGUGUAUAGAGCGAACGAUAUGAUCGCGAUUUUCGUGUCGUCAAUGAUCACCUGAAAAAAAUGAAGCAAUAUUUCAAAAAACAACAACAACACAGCGACUGAGGCAGCGUGCAUGAAACGCAAAGCAAAAAUGCCGUCGCCAAAUUCCACGCAACUCCGCCAGCAAAUAGUAUAUUGCAGACUUUGAACGCAAAUCACUAUUUUUCCAAUUUUUCUCCACACUUUCGGCUUUUUCCCUCAGCAGUGUGCCAUGCGAAGCGAAGCCGAAGCAGCAGAAGUGUUUUGUAAACUAUCUAUGCCAAAAGCCAAACAAGCAGUAUACCACUACACACAUAUUGCAAACAUACACACAUGCACAUAAGCACAUAUUCACUUUUAUGCAUGCAAUGCUUCAAACAAGUUGGCAACGCGCAAUUUCGGCGGGAGCCGCCAUCGAACAAACACCGCUCUUGCUUAGCGGCAUGCAUUUGCUGCUGUCUGCCAUUGCACACCUUUUGUUUAGGCGCAGGUUCGCUGGUGCGCAUGCGCGAUCAGCUGUUUGUUGUCGACGCGCGGCUUUAGCUGUCUAAGUCUAAGUUGGAACGUUAAAGCUGCGCGCUGCAGACAGUUCGUAACGAACAGGCGCGCGUUGAUGGUCUGAACGCGGACGACGCUACGCAAGCGAAAACGGAUUUAGCGGUGAACAUCAGCCAAUUUGUGUAUCAGUUGCUUGCUUAAAGCAACAAAAUAUUGCAAAAGUGAAAUUCCACAGCUUUUAACAAAAAAUACAGUGCAAAUAUUAAAAACUUAAAAUAAGUCAAAAACAACAACAACAUAAGCAAAUUCUGCAAAAAUACAUACAUAUAUAAGUGUGACCUACAUAAACCAAUACAACAAUUCUCGCUCAACGGCCAUCUUCGGUGUUGAACUCGUUUGUACAACAAAAAAAAAACACACACACGCGCUUGACAGGACGAGUUUUGCUGUGCGACUUACUUGCAUUUGUCUCUUUCUGCUUGUAAAACUUGGCAAGUACACUGUGUGGCGAUAAUAACGAAAAGAAAAUAAACAAUAAAUGUGUUAAACGAAACAAACAACAAAGAAGUAGCGGCGACAACUGUAGCAACAUCAACAAAAACAACUGCGAACGCGAUCGUAACGCCGUCGGACUUCGUAUCGUCAACAUCACAGCACAUUUUACAAUGAGCAAGCGGAAAAAGUUGCUGCAAAGGUUCAUAGCGUGAUAACAGUUAUUCAAAGUACUACUCAACACGCCAAAAACAAAUAAAGCAAUAAAAUCAACUCAUCGAAAUCAAAGUACUGCACAGCAUUCGAUAUCCAAAGACAAUGGUACUCAAUCUACUUUUCAUAACGACUGUGAUAAAAUCUACGUUCGGCGUAGUCACCACCGGCCUUUGGCUUAUACCGUUACUGCUCGCCGCCAUUACAUACUACCGUUACGAUAGCGUCGAUCCAGAGGCGCGACCUAUCGAUCAAGUGAAUCUGUAUCCCGAGUAUGAUUUCAUAGUGGUGGGCGCUGGUUCGGCCGGAGCGGUUGUGGCCAAUCGACUCACGGAAAUGCGUAAAUGGAAGGUGUUACUCAUCGAAGCGGGUCCAGAUGAAAAUGAGAUAUCGGAUGUGCCCUCAUUGGCUGCUUACCUGCAGUUGAGCAAACUUGACUGGCAGUAUAAGACACAGCCAUCCAACAAAGCCUGCCUUGGUAUGAAAAAUAAUCAGUGCAAUUGGCCGCGCGGUAAGGUGCUCGGCGGCUCGAGUGUGCUCAACUAUAUGUUGUAUGUGCGUGGUAAUCGACAUGACUAUGAUCAUUGGGAAUCGCUAGGUAACACCGGUUGGGGGUAUAAUAAUGUGCUGCAUUACUUCAAGAAAUCGGAAGAUAACCGUAACCCCUACUUAGCUAACAACCCUUAUCAUGGACGCGGUGGUCUAAUGACGGUGCAGGAAUCACCUUGGCACUCACCAUUGGUUGCCGCUUUCGUGGAAGCGGGACGCGAGAUUGGUUAUGAGAAUCGUGACAUCAAUGGUGAGAAGCAGGCUGGUUUUAUGAUUGCACAGGGCACUAUUCGUCGUGGCUCGCGGUGCAGCACGGCAAAGGCUUUCUUACGUCCAAUUAGAUUGCGUAAGAAUUUUCAUCUCUCCAUGAACUCGCAUGUCACCAAAGUAAUCAUAGAGCCAAGCACAAUGCGCGCUCAUACAGUGGAGUUUGUUAAGAACGGCAAGGUAUUUCGCAUACGCGCCAAACGUGAGAUCAUUUUGUCGGCUGGUGCCAUUAAUACACCACAGAUAAUGAUGCUAUCGGGCAUUGGACCAAAAACGCAUCUGGAGAAACAUGGCAUACGCGUGUUGCAGGACUUGCCGGUUGGCGAGAAUCUGCAGGAUCACGUUGGUAUGGGUGGUCUUUCGUUUUUGGUUGACAAACCUGUUGCUAUAAUACAAGAUCGCUUCAAUCCCACGGCACUCACCAUGCAGUAUGUGCUGCGAGAACGUGGACCGAUGACAACGCUCGGUGGUGUUGAGGGAUUGGCCUUUGUGCACACACCUUACUCGAACAACUCUAUCGAUUGGCCUGAUAUACAAUUUCAUAUGGCACCGGCCUCCAUUAACUCGGACAAUGGCGCACGCGUGAAACAAGUAUUGGGUCUUAAAGAGUCACUCUACCAGGAUGUUUUUAAACCGAUUGCCAACAAAGACACCUGGACGAUCAUGCCAUUACUGUUGCGUCCACGCUCACGUGGUUGGGUGCGUCUGAGUUCCUCAAAUCCUUUCCACUAUCCGCUUAUUAACGCUAACUAUUUCGAUGAUCCGUUUGAUGUCAAAACUCUGGUGGAAGGAGCAAAGAUUGCGCUACGCGUAGCAAACGCCAAAGUCUUCAAACAGUUUGGUUCGCGCGUAUACCAACGACCAAUGCCAAAUUGUAAGAAAUACAAAAUAUACUCGGACGACUACUUGGAGUGCCAAGCGCGUACGAUCUCUAUGACGAUUUAUCAUCCUUGCGGCACUGCCAAAAUGGGACCGGCUUGGGAUCCGGAAGCGGUGGUCGAUCCACGGUUACGUGUUUACGGCGUGCGUGGACUGCGUGUAAUCGAUGCCAGUAUUAUGCCGACAAUCAGUAGCGGCAAUACAAAUGCGCCGGUCAUUAUGAUAGGCGAGAAAGGUGCUGACCUCAUCAAGGAGGAUUGGUUAAAAAAUCCGGAAUAUCGCGCAGCUGCGCCAAAGAGUUAGCCAACUAUGACAUAGCCUUGGUUAAGUGAGUAUUAAGGGAAGCUUUUUUGGGAACUUUUUGGCUGUUAUGCCGUCAGUGCAUGUGGGCGAUCAUAAAUCAGGGGCGUACGUGAGCUUUAUACCGUAAGCGGUGCCAUCGAGCGGAUGGUGUUUCAAAACACCAUCUCACAUAGAAAAUAAAUUAACUGUAGACGUUCUUUAAUUAAGUUCCAUAGGAACUGCUAAUUCCAUUCGAGUCAUAUAUCUUUAUUUUAAAAGAGUUUUUGCUGUCUAAGCUCUUCCUACAUACUUAUUUCACACAUUUAUCAUUACUAUAUGAUAAUUUAUCUUUAUUUAAUAGUGCAUCAUUACAUGUAAUUUAUUGCUGCACUCAUGUUAUUCGCAAACAUUUAUCGACUACGUCAUCACCAUUCGCAAUAAAAAUUAUAUAAUAAUGAUAAUGUAAAUAUCGUUUUAAGUUAUUUAAAAUUAUAAUUUUACAUAAAAAUUAAACUUAAUUGUUAAACUGAAUAAACGAAAUAUGUUAUGCUCUUUGGAAAUUUGUUUUAUUUGGAAAAUUUAUUAUAUUAUUUGAGGUUAUAUUAGGGCACAGGUGAUGUUGUAACACUAAAGGCGAUGUAUGAACCGGCUGAACGGCUCAAUAGACAAUAAUCACUCAAAUCGUUUAGGAUUUGAAGACCAUUAAUCGUGUUCGUAAUAUUCACCUUGCCUGCAUCGUCGCUAGAGGUUGAAAGAUCAACGUGAGUCUUGCACUAAUGAUAGGUUAAAAAGAGCUUGAUUUUU